UCGUCCGAGGUUUUACUUCCGUGGUGUGUAUUUUUCGGUAGCAGUGUUAUUAAGCAAAAUGCCGGAAGGAAUAGAGGAGAUUGCUAGUAAAUAUAAAUUGCACAGUGAGUCCCUAUCAUUUCUGGAGGGUCAGCAAGCUGGCGGGGUAAACAUUAUAGAUGAUUCUAUCCCGUUGGAAGACAGGAGACGGAAAUCCGCCGUGCUGAAAGACCAGGCCGAGGAGUUCGCCGGCAGUGUGAAGGAGUUCCGAGUUCCGUCAGCCGCCUUGCCAGAUGGGAUCCCCAUUGAUGUGAUCAAACCACGGAGCUGCAACAGCAAUCCCAUCAUCCUGGUGUACUUCCAUGGAGGGGGCCUGGUGUUCGGGUCGAAGGAGGCGGACAGGCCAAUCUGCCAGGUAUUGGCGAGAGACCUUCCAUGUGUUGUUGUGAACGUGGAAUAUCGACUGGCCCCAGAAAACAAGUUCCCAGCAGCCUUUGAGGACGGGAAGAAUGUUCUGCGAUGGGUACUGAUGAACAAGGCUCUCAUAGGUGGCACCAAUGAAAGCAAGAUCGGAUUGGUUGGCUGCAGUGCUGGAGGGACAAUAGCCGCAACUUUGUGCCAUGAAGUGACGAAAGGAAUCGCGUUCCAGGUGCUGGUGUACCCCUGGCUUGAUCUGACAUGUGACCAGCCAUCUUGUACAGAAUUUGAAAAUGGCCCAAUUUUGACUGUUGGAAUUCUGAGAUGGUGUGUAGACAAAGUUGUGAACAAUCCUGAAGAAGAAAAAAACCCACGAGCAUCCCCACUGUUUCGUGAGAGCUUUACCUGCCUCCCGCCCACUCUCCUGCUUCUUGCCGAGUUUGAUCCGCUCCGUGACCAGGCAUAUAAUUACAAGCGAAAAAUCAAGGAUGCCGGAAUCGAUGCCGAGAGCCUGAUGAUUAAAGGAUCGCUCCAUGGUUUCUUCGAUAAGCCUGACCACUAUAAAGAUCUGGGACUGAAAGCCAGGGAAAAGAUGUUUGCCUUUAUCAAGAAAAGAGUAGCAUCAUCAUGAUUUCCUUGAAGGUUACAACAGACGCCAUGAUGUUUGCUCACAGCCCAGCUAGGAUUAAGCAAACUCUGCAUUUGAAAAUUGAAGUUUUUGCACAGAAUUAGCAGCAAAGUAGAACACGAGCAUAACACUCCAUCCAUUUAAGGCUCAUGCCUUUUUGAAAGUGAAAGUAGUGGUGCGGAAGAUUGUAUCUGAGGUGUGAUUCUGUGGAGGAUAUCUUCUUUACAAUUACAAUUUGUGUAGAAUGCUGAUAUGGAAAACCAGAUAUGAACUUUUUCAAACAAAAAAAUAUAAUGAAUGUUCUUUGCCCUGACUGGAAUUCGAACUUACAUUAGUGAAAUAAAUUCACAAGAAUAUUUUGAUAAUACAUAUAGAUCCCUAUUAUCACUUAAGGCCCAGGUAUAUAAUUAUUUGGUCUAGAAAGUUUCUUAAACGGGUGUUUGGAUUUGGAUAAAAUUAUUGAAUGUGUACUGGGUUUGAUUUUCUAAAUGACAACAUUUUUAAAAGACUGAAAGAGUUUGGGGUUUUUUUUAUGGGUGUUAUUAUUUUACAUUUGAUAAAUCAUAUUUUGUGUGACUAUUACAAAGUCAUUAUCAGAACCUAGUUUUUGGUGGAGAGAAUGCUUUGCACAAGUCCCUUUGAUGCUAUUACAAUGACAGUGUCUGCCAGUAUUUGUUUUGUGUGCAGAACUGAUGGAUCGCACAGGUAUAUUUGAAGCAAGAGUAAUAAAAUGAGUUUCUGUAUACAUAUUAUAAAAAGUCCCUUCCACUAUUUUUAGAAUUUGUUAUUUCUUUUAGCUUUUUUACACUUUUGUAGUCAGACUUGUAUCUUAUGUUAUAACAUGUCAGCGGUUUUGAGCAUGCAAUGUGCAUGGAUAAACGCGCAAUAUAAAUGGACUAUUAUUAUUAUUAUUAUGUUUAAAUGACUUCUUAGUUGAUCAAAUGAAGAAAAAGUGAAAGGAAAUUAGUGAGUUUGAAAAAAUACAAAUUGGGAUAUAUGGUUUCAGGUAACCUUAAAAAAACAAAAGUGUUUUAGGCAUAGGAUAUAUCAGGAUGUAUACCAGUCCAUUUUUAUGGCAUUUUUUAAUACUCUUUUUUACCAUUUCAUAGUCCUUAAUAACUGCUUUAGUUUUUAAUUCUUUUUUUUUUUGUUUCAAAGCAUUACAAUAUUACUAUCAAUAUUUAUGUUUACAAUUCUUACUGAGAUAAUUACAUCUGACUACAAGAAGGCAAUAUGCCAGUUACCGGGUAAUUUUAAUACAGAGUUAUCCUCAUUGAAGUUGUUUUCCAUGCUACAGGUCUAUGUAUAUUUAAGCAGCUUAAGGACUGAGAAUUUCUUGAGAAUUUAUAAUCAGCUGAUAUGUGAAUGUCCAGUCAGUGUCUGGGAGUUUGACCUAUGUAAACUUUGACCAUUGUCAAAUCAUACUGUUGUGUCAGUGGCCUUGUUUGUCCAGCACUGUUUCAGAUUGGUUCUUCAAGAUUCUUGUCUUCCUUUCAGAAAAAAGGGCAACUGUCCUAAACAUUGGUUGACUGUAUGUUUUUCAGAAAGUCAGCACAGAAAUAUUUGCUUAGCGUGCCAUAAGUCCACCCAAAACAAAAUAUUGCAUGUCCAUGAAUGAACACCAUACCUCAGUUAAAUGUCUACUAGUUUUAAAACCGGAAUUCUUCUAGUCAUUAUCUUUUGGAUCAAGCACAGGAGUUAAAGAGCUUGUUUAAAAAAUAUAUGCCAUGUGUUUUAUCGAAGAAAUACACUUUUAAUUGUCAUUAUGAUAUGGUCAGUAUAUUGAUCAUUAGGAAGAUAUGAUUCCGUGUUUAAUUUGUUUUUAUCAAGUUUGGAUAUUUAUCAUACUGACACUCGGACCAAAGCAUAACUUUACUUGCGAUCUAUGGAUGUUGAAUUGCCAAUUUAUGUUGUCAUGAUCAGAAUAUUUACUGAUAACUUUAGCUCUUUAAGAUUUCAACUUAUUCCAUGUGUAGAUGGACAAAUAUUUUACAAUUCCUUGUUUCAUCGUAACCAUGGUAACUUAUCCUUUUACUUUAGGGAAACACCAUCAUAUGGUUUAAUCCUCGCAGUUAAAUAUGGUGUACAGAAUUCAAAUGCUUUUAAUUAGAUGGAUAUAUUUUAACAAUCUUUUUAUGAACUUACUGAAGCACAGCUGGUGUUUGAUAUAUGUGUAGUGUGUAUCUUCCAUAGUGGUGGAAAGUUCUGGAAUAUUGCUACAGUUGUUGAAAUGUUUAAGUGCCAUUGGUUGAAUGAUUUCCAGGUUGCAAAUGUGCUUAUUGUAUAUGUGCCAAAGCAGAUACUAGGCAUGUGAUUUUCUGUUACUUGAGCUUCGACACACCGUUAAUUUAAGAAAACCAAAAACAUCUGUUAUCAGGAUAAAAGAACAAACUGCGGAAACAUAUAUUUUAGCUGAUCUCUAUCAAUUAUGGUUGCUUAUGUACGAAAAAUGAAUUGAAGAAAAAGAUUACUUGGGAUUGAUUGACAAGUCAAGGAGUUACUUCCCUUGCAACAUGUUUAUGAUUUAAAAUUUAAUUAUGUUGGCAGAAUUUGUCACAAGAUUGGAGAAAAACAAAUAUUUUAAUUUUUGUGAAUAUUUGUUUAUCCGAAAACCAGGUAUAACAGAAAAUAACUUGCCACAGUAACUUUGCAGCAUCUGUUUUCACUAUGUGAAAGGUUAUGUCGUUGUGAUAAUUUAUUAUGCCAUUAAAGUGCCAGUGUUAAAAGCAGGUGUUAUAUGCCAAAUUCUUCAAAUGUUCUAAUUUUUAAUAAAUUUUCUGUAGUUGACGAAAAAACAUUAGUUUAAUACCUGAUAAUGAACUGUUAAUUGUAGCUUGUAGAAACCUUACUACUGUAUAUGUCUCAUGACCACCUGGACAUCUUACUCUGCAUCUACUCAGAGUUUUCAGCUGUAGGUGAAGGUCAACAGGUAACCAUUUAGAAGUUGGUUUAAAUAGGCAGUGUAUUUGGUUAGUUAAUGCAGAAUCUGGACGAUGCCUUGACAUCUGCUUACAAGAAUUUAUGAAUGGUAGAAACAAGCUAGGUUACAAACUGUAAAUACUAGUUGUGUUAUUGAAAUUAUGGAUAAUUAUACACAAUAAAAUCAAAGUUAGGUGGUCAGGUUUACUGGCUUGGUUAUCAUAUCAUAGUGGAUAGUGUGGUAUUAAACAGCGAACACACAAACGAACAUUGUUUUUAAAACACAGUAGAGAUCUUAUUAUGUUAUCAGUAUUACCCUAGUAUUACCCAAUAUGAAAGAAUCAAGGAAGGGGGAGGUUUACAUAAUGACUAACUUGAAAACCAAGCAGAUAUUUCAUAAUUAAAUGACCAUACUGUAUCAUGAUCUCAUUUAUCUGUUUUUGUUUAAGACAGACUUAAUGUUCCAGUAUGUUUAAUGGUCUGUUGUUAAGGAAGUAGCAUUUGUUGAUCUGAACUCACGUCAGUGUUAUAUUGUCAGAUUAGAAGGUCAGUAAAGAUCUGAAAUUGUUUAGGUGCUAAAACUAUAUAUACCAGUUAGAUAUCACGUAGGUCACAUGGGAACUGAUCGGGGAUGUCUGAAGUUAUGUAAUUUCAUUAUUGAUAUACUUUUGCUACCUACUUGUCUUACCCGUACCUUCUAUAACCUUCAGGUGGUUUUCUGUAAACCUUCGGUUGUGAUUAACUGAAGAAAUGGCUUGAAUUACUGAAACCAUGCCAAUACCAACAACGGAAGGAGGUUCAUGCAUUUGACUUCAUUUAUGAUGAAGGGACCAAGUUUGAGUAGAUGCCUUCCACUUAUAAUCCUUCAGACAAAUGCUCCAUUAAUAAACCGUUAGCCUACCCAGAAAAAUCAGAAGUUGACUAGUCUUUGCUCAUAGCAGAGGACUAACAUUGUAAGGAGCUUGGGGUGACACAAUUUGAUUGGAUGACUAAUAUAAUGCUGGAAUAGUACCGUAGGUUUGUGUAAACUUUCAUUCAGAUCAGAUCCUUUUCAGUACUAUUCUGUUCAGAUCCGAAGACACCUCCUUAGGGGAUCACAACAGGUGAACUUUUUGAUCAGGCUAUUACCCAGAGGCUUCCAAACUCCCAGUACCAAUGUACAAAGCAUUCAGAUUAGCAUAACUGAUUUUUGUAUCUCAGAAACCUCAAGAGAAAUUUCCCAAAUAUUCACAAUGAAGGUAAAGUCAUUAAUUUAUGAACAGAGAUGAUGUAGAAAUGAAGGCUAAAAAAUUUCAGAAGCUAACAUCUUAUUUGAUGAAGAAAAAUGCAUCCUUUAGUAAGACAGGGUGUCAAAGGUUGCUCAAGGUUUUGAAGUGAGGUUCUCCGGAGACUCGUAUCCAAAUGGUGAGAGGUAUUAUAUCUGAGUAUAAGAUCUGGUUUGAAUUAGUCUGGUCUGUGAAUUCGUAACAAAGGUGGACAUAAAGUGAAGACAUUAUUUGAUGCAUAUUUCUUUAAAAUGAUGUUUAAGCAAUUAGCUAAACUAAUAGAUAUUGUUUGAAAUGGCUUCUUUAAAUCAGCUUCUCUGAAGAAGUUGUAUUUAUAUUUCUGUAAGUUCCAAGUUUGUGAUGCAAAGUCGCCUUGAUCAGUCAUAAGGUCUUAUUUUGUUGAUUUUAGCUGGUUUACAAGAAUGACUGACAAAACAAAAAUGAAACGAGAAAAGAUUAAAAUUUCUUUUAAAAACAGUUUUAGUCAGAGGAAAUGAAAAACAUACAGUAUAUAAGAAAUGGUGAAGCAUAAACGGAUAAAAUCUUAUUCCAACCCAAUAAAAUGUACUAUUGUCAUUCGUUAGUAGAUGUACUUAUUUGGAAGUUGAGGUUGUUAUCUCUUUUGGUCCACCUACGUUUAGGCCACAAUUGUUACACAGCUGAUGAAAAACACAGUUUCACCACUGUAUGUGGAGAGAUCAGUUUACUAUGGGAUGCUGAUGAUGUGUAAUUAUACUCUAUCAAUGUUUCAGUGAAGAGCUUAACCCUUUACAUUGUGUUGUUGUUUCACAGAAAUUGGUACUUGAGUGUACUCAGUGUGCAUGAUUUCUAUUACUGAUGAAUAUAUAACCUUAUACAAUAUGCAUUACAUAUCCAAGUUGUGUUUCUAGAACAGAUUCAAGAUAAUAAUUUUGUAAUGAUUUUUGCAGAGUAUAAGUAGUUGGUGUAUAUUUUCAUAAUAGUUUGUUUGUAAUAUUUUUGCCAAAUAUUGGUUUACAUACUUAAGGAGAUAAUUAUUGGAGGUUGUAUUUAUUAAAUCCAACAUUACCUUGUCUGUUGGGGCCAAGAGAAGGAAUUUACAAACUGUUGAAACUUCAACCCAGAACUUGAUGAUUGUUUUUGGAAGUUGUUAAAUCAUACCCGUUUUCAUCUAUAGUUGUACUGCUUAAAGCAUUGGGCUAUAUGCCUUCAUUGUCACAGCUUUUCAUAUGCUUUACUCCAUAUUUGGCCAAACCGUUUUGGAUUUUUUAGCUCCUUUGUAGAGGCAUUUUACACUUCUGCCUCGGUUAUUUUAUAGUGGUUUAUUACCUAGAUAUUUGGAUGUUUUGUUGCCUUUUGUUGUAGUUAUUAUGAAUAAAGAGUUUUAAAAGUAA